UGCUACUAGGCCGCUACACUAUUAGCCGUCAAUGGAAAAAGGAAAAAUUAACAAAACAAUUAGAUUUGCGUUAAAUAAAUUCAAAGUUUUGCUUUAGAAUAAUUAAAUAAAAAUAUCAUUAAUGUUACCCAAUUUAAUAACCGUGGACCCAAAUAUAAACGUGGAAAUGUGCGGCGAGUCCUGCCGCGUGGCACGGUCUCCGUCUCACGAGUCGGUCACGACCGAUCUGUCACUGUUCAGUGUGUCUUCAGCAGCCAGUGAUGCAAGAGUGCUCCGACUGCUUGCUUGUAAGGCCGGCCAAGGACCUGAUCCGACUCUAAGGGUCGCCAGCCCUAACCCUGACAGUAAAUAUGCCAAGUCGGGGGGGCGCGCGGAAAGCUGCCGCGACGUGCUGGCGGGGUGCGCGGCGCUGUGUGCACAGCUCGGCCUCAGGCGGUCCUUUAGCGCCGCCGACGUCGCCGCCCCGCCCUCCGCCACGCCAGUCCGCAGUGCGACCUCUGAGGUCGGCCUCUCAGCCGCCUUGGAAGCGAUGACACUGAACGCAGUCUCGCGCUCCUGCAGCACGUGGGUUGCGACAGGGGGGUCCCAGCUGCCGUCGCCGCAGCGGAGUCAGCCAUCUCACCCGUCACCUAGACCGCUACCCAGCGACAAUAAAAAAGUAAGGCAGAACUACAUUAAGCGGAGGCUGUUGACCACGUACCGAGCUCUGGAGAGGAUGUCCCAGUCCGAUUUCAACCUGGACAAACUUGAGGCCGCGGCGGCGGCGCACGCCGGGCCCAGCACGCUCGCCGUGCCGCGCCCGCGACACCCGCACCACGGAUAGGAUGCCUACCUGUCUCCAAGUCCCACAGCCUCCAGGAGUGAUCGAAGACCGUCGUCGCGAGGAACCGCCCCGAGGGGUGGAACUCUGCCCGGGACACGCGGUGCGGACUGUGUCCCGGCAACGACGCCAUGGGGGAUUCGCUGGCGAACAAGCACUCAUUAUCACUCAAUCCUGUCCCCCAGUGGAGGGAGCUUCGGGGACACUGAUACGGUCGUCCUGUCACACCGGGACGUUUGAUGGAACCUUGACGGAGUGAGGCAUGACGGUGAUUCCCCACAAGACACCUUAUCACCAAUCGAGGUGCUACCCAAAUUCCGAUUUCGGACAGAAAAAUCAUUGGCAAAUAUUAUUUUUCUCCUACCGACGCCCAAAGUUCGGUUUUCCUCCCGCUGAACAGGAAAGAAAGUGUAAAUUUUUCGCCCCUGGGUACUGACAAGUGCGCAUGCGCGUUAGUGUCUACGUCUGCUCUCACGCACCUAAAGCUCUCCGCCAUUGUUGGGCUCGGGUAAUUUGCAAUAUUGUGUUUAGUGUAAAAGUGAUAUAAACAAAAGGCAAUAAAAUUUAAUAGUGAAUUAUUAAAAAAAGAUAAGUUCAUCAGACAGUUCUUAUUCAAUUAGUAGUAGUUUAUUUAAAAAUUAAAAGCAUUUAAAUUGUUUUUUUUUUCCUAAUAUCGAUGUUUUUAAUGAGCGAUGUUUCAGUCCGAUAGCUUGGUAAUCCUAGAUAUUUGGUAUCAGAGGUUUGUCGGGGGGUCCGCAGCCGCACGUACCUCGCAAAGUUCCACAGGUGGACGGUACCGUCGUACGCGCACGAAGCCAUCGUGCAAACGGCAGACUUGUCGUCGUCCGAGCCGUCCGCCUCCAUCGCGUCCCCAUUAGUUACGUUCACCUGCGAAGUUAACGUUUGCUGGAUUUUUUUUUCUAUUCACUUUUACCCGGCAAAGGGAACGAGGCCCGUACAGCCGUAUCUGUUUCAUGUCAAGCGCGAUAAAGUUGGAUGCCACCUAUUAUUAAAAUGGUGAGAAUUUAUUGAGACUUUAAUACUCUUCGGAGGAACCCCGUCAGUCAAGUCAGACCAGUUCACAUCAUGUCUCUCCACUCUUGUGAACUUUGCACAGAUCCUAAACUAAUGCUGCCUCUUCACAGACAGCCACUAUCGCACCGCGUACGGAAACCCUAAGUUACCAAAAUAAGCAAUAAAAUUCACAUGACUUAGAUUCGACAUAAUAUAGUCGUUAUUAAUUCUUCAGUUUCACAGCUAAAUUAGCAACACUCUAUAACAGGCAUCAAAAAUUUCACUUGCAUCGUCAUUAACAAUGUUAUGACCAAAGUUCAUUCAUAGCGCUCUGCUUUCAUUUUUAUCGUCACAGAAGUUAAACUUCUGUCACGUAUACUACACUCGUACUAAGGAUAACUCCAAUGACGUUUACCUUAUCCAAUCCAAGAGAAGUUAAACUUCCCACUCACCUUUUGCCGGAAAUGCGAGGGCAGUUCCGCCUUCGGGUGGAAGGUCGCGCUGCUCACGUUGCAAGUGUGGCCCUUGAGCACCUGCAGGGGGGCGCAGUCCGGCACCGACCAGACCUUAACCAGCCCUGACCUGCAAGGGCAAAAUACAUGUCGAGGAAGGAUGAAAGUUUGUUGCACAUGAAAGGAUGUUUGGUUUAAGUGACAUUUUAGCAACUUUACAGGGGAGCCCUUUACUGGUGGUAGGACCUCUUGUAAGUCCCGCGCGGGUAGGUACUACCAAAUAAAUAGGCUAGCGUGGUGUGGACAUGUGAGGCAUGGAGAGAAGAUGCAUGUGACUAGGAGAUGUAUGGAAAUGGUAGUGCAACGUAGAGGGGGAAGAGGUCGACCGAAGAAGACAUGGAUGGAGUGUGUGAAUGACGAUAUGAGAGAGAGAGGAAACAGUGUUGAGAUGACGGCUGAUAGAAGAGAAUGGAAUAGGAAAAUUCGCUGUGCCAACCCCACCUAGGGGGAUAAGAUGGAGACAAAGAAGAAGAAUUAGUUAACAAUUAAUACAUUUUGCGUUUGCAUUGAUGCGUUUCCGAUCCGGUGGUAGAUUCUGCGAAGCACGGCUCUUGCUGGGGUUCGUGUUAGCAACGUCGUCAGGUUUGAGCUCCGUGAGCUCACCUACUAGUUUAAAAAAAAAAAAAAAAUGCAUGCCCGCUGAGUUUCUUGCCAGUUCUUCUCAAGACGGGGACUACUUUUUAUGAAUUGGCGGUAGAUUUGAUUUGAUUAAAGUUACGCUGAAAUAGCCUCUCAAGGCUAUCUAUCAGCUUAGGUAAAAAAAAAGAAGAAAAAUAUCGGCAAAGACCCUCACCAGCUCGAAGUGAUCAGCAUCUUGCUGUCCUGGCUGAACCUGCAGAAGCUCAGCGGCCUCGUGUCCCCGAUCUGAUGAAGAGCACCACAGAUUUAUGUGCUGAGCUGCCCCGCACGCUUAGGGCCGCCACGAGGUGGCCACGUGCUCAGGUUUGGAACGAGACAGCCCUGACACGAGAACCUUGUGACUGCGACAUCACGUGGGCCUAGCCGGUAAAAACUAAGACGUUCCGUUUUUGCAGGAUAUCCGUUGCAGCACCAUGGUUCCUAAGGAAUGGCGGUAGGACCUCUUGUGAGUCCGCGCGGGUAGGUACCACCACCUUGCCUAUUUCUGCCGUGAAGCAGUAAUGCGUUUCGCUAAUUUACUAGGAUACGUAACAUCACAGGGUCAUAGUCGGCCAUUUUGAUCCUAGUUCUAUAUUACCCACCCCACUGGCCCCCACCACUGCAACUUCUGAGGGUCCACAGCGACGACCGUCCAACGAAGUGCGUUCACUUGGGAGGGAGACAGUGGGGGGGGGUGUAGCAGGAACUUAGGUACCCUCUAUCCCCCACGACCUGGGCCUCACCUGGCUGCAGUAAAUGCUAAAGGCAGACGCCUUCCGUUGCGACUCCUGCUUAGCGGCGGCGCGCACACUGCCAGCCAACUUGAGUUCCUCGCGGGCUUUGUUUAGCCUGUAACAAUAAUCGAGUAACUUACACGAGUCCAUAGACAUGUCGCGCCCCCCAGUGGUGGUGGAUUUACACUAGGGGCGAUCGGGGAAAGUGCCCAGGGUGGUAAUUUUUGAAAGUGAAAAAAAUUUUUUUUUCUUGUCGAGAUUGCUCAAUAUAAUUAAUUAAUAAUUUUCUUUUUUAUUGAUAAUUCAAGAAAUUCAAUUCACUCAUGAAUAGAAUUAUAACUUUGGCACUUUUGGUAAAAAUUAAUAAUCAAAAUUGAUUUAAUCAAUUUAUUUCCUUGAGAUUUUUUAAUAAUAAUCGAUCUUCUAUUUUCUGUAAUUAAAGAAAUUUAAUUAGUUUUUUUUUUAUGUAAUAUAUUCUAAGGAAAGAAGACGGAAGUGGGCGUGGCCUGCUGACGUAAUACAGCAGCGACUUCAGACUGGUCGGAGUUGAAGAGGGGAGUUGAGGACACCACUAACAUAUUGCCUCGUUCACGGCCUCUUUCUGAUCUCAGCACCAGGGAUAGACGGACGUUGUACAUUCGCGUGUCAACUUAGUUACCCACAUUUUGUCAUUAGUAUUUAAAAUCAAUAAUUGUUGAAAAUUGUAUUUUGUAUCGUUCUAAUUAUAUUUUUUUAAUAUUUUGA